AUGGAGAUUCGCCUUUGGCCAAACCAGGAGUUCAGGAUUGAGGUCAACGAAACACAGAAGUUGAAGGUGAUGGUUGUGUCUGGAUUGGCAGAGGUCAAGGGGCAGGAGCUACUCAGCGAGAAGUGGUAUGCAUUCAAGGAUACAAAGACAUUCAUAUUCACGUUUUCUGGGUGCAGGCUUAAGGUUGAAGGUGUAUGCGACCUUCAGUAUGUAUCUGAUACAACGAACGUCCCCCUGAUAUUCAACAUCCUAAGCUUCUUUUCUAAAAAUGGAUUUGACUACAGCAAGCUUAGGACGUUUAUGGUUAUAGGGAAUGGAAGGUCUACAUUCUGCUUCACGCUGAUUAACUUCUUUAUAAGGAUGGGUAAGAAGGUGCUAUUUACAGAAAUAGAUCCGUCUCGGGGAAAUGUGUUUCCCGGAGCACUGAGCACAAUACAUGUGGAUACACUGAUAGAUUGCAUUGAAGGACUCCGGCUGAAGAAUCCAUUGUCAUUCUACUAUGGGUCUACGGAAAUAACGAACAUGGAGCUGUACGACCUUCAAACAACUAAGCUACAGGAGGCUAUAAAGGCCAAGAACAUUGAAGAUCUUCACCUGAUACUUUGUCCAGAGGGCACGUCUGCAUUUUAUAACACAUUAAUAAAGAGAUUUGAGGUCGACAGGGUUGUUGUUGUAGGAAACGAAAGGCUAUAUCACUCUUUAGACGUGAUAGCGGAAAAGCUUAUGAUAAACAGAAGUGGGUUUGUCGAGGAAAAAGAGGUUGGAAGAAGCAUAUCCAGAUACUUCAAAGGAGUUAAUAACGAGUAUACACCUUUUACAUUUAAUGUGAAGUACAAAUGGAGGAUCGUGAGGAUAGGAGAGAUGUAUGUUGCGCCGAUUAGCGCUUUGCCAUUGGGGAGCACAAGAAAGGUUGGGUGUGUGGAAGCUUCUGAGGUGGAGAUUGCUGAGAAUUCUGUGCUAGGGAUUUCCGAGGCCAGAGAGAUAGAAGAUGUUGCAGGGUCUCCGGUUCUCGGAUAUGUAGUUGUGAUUGAUGCAAAUUCAUUCAAGAUACUGUGCACUCAGCCAAGACUUCCCAAGUACACCUUUCUGAUCCAAGGCGAUCUCAAGCAUAUUGAGUAUUAG